AUGGCACACGAAAAUACCCUUGAAGCCCAAGGGGGCGUUGCAAAGCAGCCCUUUUUUUCCUCCAGUGAAGUCACUCUGACAGCCCCCUACUGCGUGAUCAGCACCCCGCGAAAAAUCUUUAUUAUCACCCUGACCAGCCUCGCCAUGAUCGCCACGAUGAUCGCCACCAACAUUGUCCUCCCCGUCCUCCCCAUCCUGCAACAGAAUUAUGGUGUCAGCACAACACAGAUGAAUCUCCUGGUCACCGUCUUCUCCCUGGUGCAGGGCAUUACUCCGGCUCUGAUGUCUUCCCUCUCCGACCUGCAGGGCCGCCGCCUAGCCUGGAUGCUCACUUUAGCCCUCUACACAGCGGCCAACAUCGGCCUUGCCCUGCAGAACAGCUACCCGGCGCUGAUCAUUCUCCGCUGUUUGCAGAGCCUCGGAAGUAGCUGCGCGAUUCCUUUCGGAUUCGCCGUUGCAGCGGAUAUCUCCUCGCCCGCUGAACGAGGCCGGUAUAUCGGACCCUUACAGGGGUGUGUGAUGGGGGCGUUUGCCUUCGGCCCUGUAAUUGGCGGUCUCUUGGAGCCAGCGUUCGGGUGGCGGAGUAUCUUUUGGUUCCUUGGGAUCUGUAGCGGGAGUGCGCUGCUUGCUUAUUUCGUGGUCAUCCCGGAGACAGCCCGAAGUAUUGUUGGCGAUGGCUCGGUUGAACCUGUCGGGUGGUGGCGGCGACCUCUGGUGCAGAACGUUCAGCGAGGGUUGAGCCGUGAUCGCGACUCUCGACAUACACACACGUACGAAAAGGACCCGUCACCCACCGGAGGCACCGAGAAGCGGCGGAUCGAUACCGCGGAGAUACUACGCGCGUUUACGCUUCUCGGUGAGAAAGAUGCCUUGAUCCUUGUCAUCUUCACCAGCCUGUUCUAUGCGGGUGUCACGGCCAUGUGGGCUACGACUGGCAGCCACUUUGCCAAUAUGUACAGGUUAAGUACACUGGAAGUCGGCUUCUCCUUCCUACCCUAUGGCAUCGCCGGCGCCAUCGGCUCCAUCCUCAGCGGCCGGGUCCUCGACUUCAACUACACCCGCAUCCAAACGCAACUACGCCAGCAGACUAGAAACCUUGAAGACCCCUCCAAGGACCCCAGCGGAGAUGAUCCUUUCCCCUAUGAGUGCGCCCGCCUCCAAAUUGCUGUCCCCUUUGCGCUCCUCGCCUCAGUAUCCCUGUUGUCUUACGGCUGGAUAAUUCAAACCCACUGCUCUCUCGCCGCCGCGCUCGUCUUCCAGAGUCUGAUCGGCUUCAGCGGGACACCCCUACUCGGAAUUAUCUACACAUUGCUGAUAGAUCUUUACCCGACCCAGGCGGUUGCAACGCAGGGAGCGGCGGAUCUGGUCCGGUGCUGGCUGGGAGCGCUGUUUGCGGCAGUCAUUGACUAUAUGAUUGAGUCGAUGGGGUGGGGAUGGUCAUUUACGAUUCUCGGGCUAAACAUGGUUAUUGCGAUGCCGCUGUUGGGGGUCUUGUACCUUUAUGGGCCGAAGUGGAGGAAGAGGAAGCAGGAGCGGGUCAAGGCGGGGACUCGGAGUGUCAGCGUGUCGUCUCCUAACUGCGGUAUCGAUAUCCAAGCUUCGACCAAACCAUCAGAAUAA